AGCGGCCAUCAAAUAAACCACUACAGCCUUUUCAAGAAUUGAAACUGUGCUACAUCGCCAUGUCUUAUUACACAUACAGGGGUCUGCUCUCUAAGAUAGGCCGACAACUCAGUCAGCAUGAUCAUCAACAGUUACUCGAGACGUGUGGAUUAGACGACGAGGCUGAUAACAUACCAGACGCCCGUUCAUUACUGAAAAGACUAGAAGGAAAGAAUCACUUGGGAAUUGACCGACUUGGAGUUUUGAAGGAAGUCUUGAAGAAUUUCGCAGAGUUCACUCUGUUGGAAAAACUUAUGGAGUUCGAGAAGGAAAGGAAAGGAUGCAAAAACUUACUUGCAAAGAUAAGCGAUGCACUCGAUAGCGACGAACGCAAUCAUCUGGAACAACUCAAGGAUAUUUGCCGUAGAAGACAGACAUCGUUGGAGCUUGAUGAGAGUAUUUCCAAUGUUCGAACAUUGUUCGAAGAACUGGAGAAACAUGAAAGUUUGGACUUUUGUGCACUUGACUUUCUAAAAGAGAUUUUGACAGAAAUAGAGAAGGAGGACUUGGUGAAAGAGAUCGAGGAGUAUGAGCAGCGACGAAAUAAGAACGAUAGAGCAGAAAUAAGAAAAGCGAAAUUUUACUCUUUGGGCAAAGUUGUGACCGAUAAGGUGGCGCAAGUACUGAACAUGAAGACAGUGUGUAGAGUUGCAGCAGCGGGAAUAACCUUACUCUCUGUCCGUGAGAUUUUGACUCGCUGGUCAACUUAUGAUCAGUUAGUCACCAGCUUCCAGGGUUGUGUGCUUCCUGCUGGUUCAAAAUUGAUUGAAGUGGGUCAAGGGUGCGUAUGCUUUACAAUUCAGGUCGACAAUCUCAUGGGGCUUACUGCUUUGUGGAACAUGUACGAGGAUGGCACGCUCAAGGAACGUUUAUUCGACUUUUUUGUGACUGAUGAAAUGAAGACCCGUGCCGGUGGUGAAGAGAAUGUGGAAUUGACUGUGACGAUUGAAAAAGAAGAAUAUGAGAAAGCUUACUUUGAGCUUGCUCAAGAAGCUUACGGUAACCAGAAGCGACCUCCGGAACGAGGUGUUCGUAGGCACUCCGACUCAGUGUUAUCCCUCCCACCCAGAACAGAUGAAAAUUCUCUGAUAACAAUAGCACAACUUAAGAACCAAGUCAAGUCUCUGGAGGAAAGAAUAGAAGCUGUAGAGACUCAAAUGGUUCCAUUUGAGAAAGGUCCUGCGAAGGUGCCAGGAAGAAAAUGUGAACACUCUGAUUCAGUGAUAUCAACAACGCCGAACGAGGAUGAAACAUUGCAAGUAAAAGUGAAAAGACUCGAGAAUGAUGUCCAACUUCUAAAGGAGAGAGUGGAGAAUCAAGAGACACAAACGACCAGACUUCCACUUGAGUUUUUGGAGACAAGGAUGGGCACGGAAAUAAUUCCAACAGAGGAAGUUCAGAAUGCCAGUUACGAAAGGCUCGCAGACAAGCCACGGGGUAUUGACGAACACAAAUGGAAUUUUACCAAAAUGUACGUGGAAAGUCUACAGUUUGAGACGAAAAGUUUAAUGUCUGAAGCAUCUGACAGCGGUAUGGGAACUGAAGGAGCACCAUCUGAAUUUGACGUGGAUAUCGGUGAUAAACGUGACACUCAAACGGUAGCAGGCGACGAUUGGAACUCACUGUCAUCAGCUGUGCAGACUGGCAACUUUGCCAUCAUCGAGAAUAUGUUGUCACGUGGCCUGGAUAUCAACACAAAAAAUAAUGAUGGUAAUACGGCUUUGAUUUUAGCUGUUUCUAGUGGCAAAAUAGAUGCCGUAAAUUACCUCUUAGAGAAAGGAGCUGAUCCCUUUAUUGUAGGCCACUCUGGCAUUACUCCACUGCACGCAGCCUCAAAGGAUGAUAAUGUUAACAUCAUCGAGACACUAAUGUCACGUGGCCUAGAGAUUGAUAUAAAAGAUAAUGGAGGAGCUACACCAUUGAUGUUGGCUGCAUUGUCUGGCAAGAUUGAAGCUGUAAAUUAUCUUUUAGACAAUGGAGCCGAUCCCUCUAUUACAAACCAGUCAGGAAGAAAUUCACUGCACGCCGCUUCACAGGGUGGUAAUGUCGCAAUCAUCGAGACACUAAUGUCACGUGGUCUAGAGAUCGAUAUAAAAGAUAAUAGAGGAGAUACACCAUUGAUGUUGGCUGCAGCUUUUGGCAAGAUUGAAGCUGUAAAUUAUCUUUUAGACAAUGGAGCCGAUCCCUGUAUUACAAACCAGUCAGGAAGAAAUUCACUGCACACCGCUUCAGUGGGUGGUAAUGUCACAAUCAUCGAGACACUAAUGUCACGUGGUCUAGAGAUCGAUAUAAAAGAUAAUAGAGGAGAUACACCAUUGAUGUUGGCUGCAGCGUUUGGCAAGAUUGAAGCUGUAACUUAUCUUUUAGACAAUGGAGCCGAUCCCUCUAUUACAAACCAGUUAGGAAUAAAUUCACUGCACGCCGCUUCAGGGGGUCGUAAUGUCGCAAUCAUCGAGACGCUAAUGUCACGUGGUCUAGAGAUCGAUAUAAAAGAUAAUAGAGGAGAUACACCAUUGAUGUUGGCUGCAUUGUCUGGCAAGAUUGAAGCUGUAAAUUAUCUUUUAGACAAUGGAGCCGAUCCCUGUAUUAGAGACCAGUUAGGAAGAAAUUCACUGCACGCCGCUUCAGAGGGUGGUAAUGUCACAAUCAUCGAGACACUAAUGUCACGUGGUCUAGAGAUCGAUAUAAAAGAUAAUAGAGGAGAUACACCAUUGAUGUUGGCUGCAGCUUGUGGCAAGAUUGAAGCUGUAAAUUAUCUUUUAGACAAUGGAGCCGAUCCCUCUAUUACAAACCAGUUAGGAAGAAAUUCACUGCACGCCGCUUCAAAGGGUGGUAAUGUCGCAAUCAUCGAGACACUAAUGUCACGUGGUCUAGAGAUCGAUAUAAAAGAUAAUAGAGGAGAUACACCAUUGAUGUUGGCUGCAGCUUGUGGCAAGAUUGAAGCUGUAAAUUAUCUUUUAGACAAUGGAGCCGAUCCCUGUAUUAGAGACCAGUUAGGAAGAAAUUUACUGCACGCCGCUUCAGAGGGUGGUAAUGUCACCGUCAUCGAGACACUAAUGUCACGUGGUCUAGAUGUCGAUUCAAAAGAUAGUGGAGGAAGUACACCAUUGAUGUGGGCUGCAGCUUGUGACAAGAUUGAAGCUGUAAAUUAUCUUUUAGACAAUGGAGCCGAUCCCUGUAUUAGAGACCAGUUAGGAAGAAAUUUACUGCACGCCGCUUCAGAGGGUGGUAAUGUCACAAUCAUCGAGACACUAAUGUCACGUGGUCUAGAGAUCGAUAUAAAAGAUAAUAGAGGAGUUACACCAUUGAAAUUGGCUGUAGGUUUUGGCAAGAUUGAAGCUGUAAAUUAUCUUUUAGACAAUGGAGCCGAUCCCUCUAUUACAAACCAGUUAGGAAGAAAUUCACUGCACGCCGCUUCAGAGGGUGGUAAUGUCGCAAUCAUCGAGACACUAAUGUCACGUGGUCUAGAGAUCGAUAUAAAAGAUAAUAGAGGACAUACACCAUUGAUGUUGGCUGCAGCGUUUGGCAAGAUUGAAGCUGUAAAUUAUCUUUUAGACAAAGGAGCCGAUCCCUAUAUUAGAGACCAGUCAGGAAGAAAUUUACUGCAUGCCGCUUCAACGGGCGGUAAUGUCGCAAUCAUCACAAAAAUGCUGUCACUUGGUUUGGAUGUUAAUUCAAAAGAUAUUAGAGGUCACACACCGUUAAAAAUCGCAAAAAAAUUUGGUAAAACUGAGGCCGUAACCUUCCUACUUAGCAAGGGAGGACAUUAGUUUUUAUUUCUUACUGCUCCUUUUAAAGGCUUUAAACGACUACCGCUUGUCACUGCACGAGUGAUACCGGGAUGCAUGCUCACGAACUAUGAAUUUUGAAGUAACUGUCACUUUUACUUAAAUAAUAUUGACUGCAGUCACCAGAAAGCUGAGUCGUUACAGAAAUUUAAAGCCUUACUUAUAUUACCCGUUUUACAACAUUCUUUGCGAGAGAUUUUUGUCGAUUAGGCAAAGAUACAAAGCUUUCUUGGCGGAAAGUAUGUUCGUCAUUGAACAAGCGCUCAGUCAAGAUUACUUGGCGAACUAUUGGUGUUUUUUGUUUUCCUUUUUUUUCGCUUUUAAUUCGACUUGUAUGAUCUCGAGUGGCAAUAUUGAGCACAGUACUGGUGAACUACUUGUUUAUUAUACGGCCAGAAACGUUCUUUUUUUCGGAGAACAAAUGAUAACGCGAAGUCAGAAGAGUUGAUUGAUAAAAUAUAACCGUGAACAUAAUGAAUAUUGGAGUGUUUAUGGACUGAAACGUCGUUCAGGUCCAUAGUCACGAAAAGAAAUGAUUGAUAAAAUUUGACAAUAUUGAGUAAGACUGGAUAAAAACUAAUUCAUAAUACCGCGAGAGAAGGAACAAAUCUAGGCAGGCACAUCGAUUCCCUCUUUGAUUGUAUAAAAUAGAUCACCUGCACACGAUAUCAUCACAAAUUUAACAUAGCUUUACACCCUAACAUCACUAUUCAUAUUCUCCAUACUGUUCUCGAUACAUUUCCUGAGGUGCUGACAGGGAGAAUUAACUUAACGAUCCAGAGCUUCUGUAGUUGUUGAUCAUUUCCGUUAUUCUCAUGACCUUAAUAUGUGAUUCAAGGCUGAUAUUGUAAGGAGAAAUUAGAUGCUAGUCACUCUAAUGGGGUUAAAGGGUUAAGUUCAAAUGUUUCACCCUUCAGGCUUCUGUCAUCGAGUUGUAGUUUAUUUCAUUCAAUCAUAUAUUAACUCAAAUGUAGAGCUUUAACCCUUUCACUCCCAAGAUCUCAUCAGUAAUUCUCCUUACUGUCUGUCAUACAACUCUUUUGAUGUUAAUUUAGAGAAUUUGGUAUAAGAUCAACCAAAAUUUUCCUGUUUAUAUUUUUCUUUAUUCUCAUCACUUGUCUGGUUGAUAUUGUAUUGACACUGUAAGGAGAAAUUCCGUCUUGGUCACUUAUGGGAGUUAGAGGGUAAAAGAUGUCCCAUGGAGGAAACAAGAGCUCUUUCAAAAACCUCUUUAACCUGGUACUUUGGAACUUUGUAUAACGAGUGUUUUAUUAUUUUUAGUAAGAUGUGUAUUUUAAGAUGAGAACUACAGUACAGUACAGUACUAACAGGCCAUUACGUCAGUCAUUAAGGCUAUUAUAUCAUUGCGACUAUACUCUAUAUAUUUUUAUCGUUAUACAUUUAUGCAACUUAGGAGUGACAGAUGACCAUAUGCUUUGAUCAUCCGGAUGGAAGUAUUGCCAAAUCUUGACAUUGACAAUGCCUGUGGUUUCAAAGACAUGAACAGAAGUUCUCAUAACAGUCAAAUUAAAUGAGAAAUUGUAAGUUCAAUUCUGGUCCUUGAAAAGUGACAACUGUCAUUUGGAUGAUCACACCACAUGGCUGAAUGUUCUCCUUGGUUAGAUGAUUAUUAUUGGGUUUUUUUAGUGUUGUCUUAUGAUACGGCUGGGAGACUUUUCAGUUGUGAGACACUGUUUUAUUUGUAAUGAAUUGGUAACUUUGAAAAUGAAGUAGAUU